AGGCGGUGAGGCCGAGCCUUGCCACGGCCCCGGCCACGGCCCAGGCCCAGGCCACGGCCGCUGCGGAGACUUCGUAUGGAGACUCCCAGCCCCAGUGCGCUGCUGCUCCCCAACGCGUCGACGCUGCUCGAGCUGGACAACGCCUCCCUGGCCGCCGGCCCCCUCGGCCCCAGCUUCGCCCCCGGCAGCUUCGCGGACGCCGACUCUGCCUUCGCCGCCGGCGGCCUCAUCUCAUGGUUCCCCGGCAGGGACUCGCCGUACUCCACGGCGCAGGCCGUGGUGAUCGCGCUGGUGCUGCUGUGCGUGGUGAUCGUCACCUUCGUCGGCAACAUCCUGGUGUGCGUGGCCGUGUGCCUGGUGCGCAAGCUGCGCAGGCCCUGCAACUACCUGCUCGUGUCGCUCGCCGUCUCCGACAUCUGCGUCGCCGUGCUCGUCAUGCCCAUGGCGCUGCUCCACGAGGUGUUCGGCCGCUGGGACUUCGGGCGCGUCAUGUGCGACCUGUGGGUGUCGUUCGACGUGCUCUCCUGCACGGCCUCCAUCCUCAACCUGUGCAUGAUCAGCGUGGACCGGUACUACGCCAUCACCAAGCCGCUGGAGUACGGCGUGAAGCGCACCCCGCGGCGCAUGGUGGGCUGCGUGUCACUGGUGUGGCUCAUGGCCGCGUGCAUCUCGCUGCCGCCCCUGCUCAUCCUGGGCAACGAGCACGAGCCGCCCGACGGCAAGGGCCCGCCGCAGUGCACCGUCUGCCAGAACUUCGGCUACCAGAUCUACGCCACCCUGUGGUCGUUCUACAUCCCGCUCACCGUGAUGAUCGUCGUGUACUACAAGAUCUUCCGGGCGGCGCGGCGCAUCGUGCUGGAGGAGCGUCGCGCGCAGACGCACCUGGGCCCGCCGCACGGCUACCUGCAGCCGUCGGCGCCCACGGCCUGCUGCGCCUACCACAACAGCACCCCCGCGGCCGGCGCGAGCGGUGGCGGCGGCGGCAACGGCGUCAAGAACGGCGGCACCUCGCCCGACGUCAUGCUCUCCAACACGCUGCUCACCACGCCCGGCUCCGGCCCCGGCGGCAACGUGUCGCCGGGGUCGUCGCCGGCCGCGUCCACGCCGGCCGCCCGCCAGCACCGGCCCUCCACCACGAGCACCAACACCACGUGCUCGGGGCAGCUGGGCUCCUCGCGGUGCCUGGCGGUGUCGGACGGCGGCCGGCGCUCGGACGAGUCGCAGUGCCCGAUGCUGGGGCCGUGGCCCAACUCGCAGCCGCGGUCGCGGUCGCCGCGCGGCGCCAACAACAACGCCAAGCGCGCCGGCCGCAAGAAGAAGGGCGUGGCGGCGGUGGUGGUGUCGGGGCUGGGCGGCUCCUCGCCGCUCAAGGCCAGGCACUCGUCGGCGUGCUCGGCCGCCGUGGCCGGCGUGUCGCACACGCGCAAGCUGCGCUUCCUGGCCAAGGAGAGGAAGGCGUCCACCACACUGGGCAUCAUCAUGAGCGCCUUCAUCAUCUGCUGGCUGCCGUUCUUCGUGCUGGCGCUGGUGCGACCGUUCCUCAGGGACCAGUCGACCAUCCCGCCGUCCGUCACGUCGCUGUUCCUGUGGCUGGGCUACGCCAACUCGCUGCUCAACCCCAUCAUCUACGCGACGCUGAACCGCGACUUCCGGCGCCCGUUCCAGCAGAUCCUGUACUUCCGCUGCGGCUCGCUCAACCACAUGAUGCGCGAGGAGUUCUACCAGUCGCAGUACGGCGACCCGGAGCCGGCGCAGAACUACUACCACGUGGCGCCGCAGCAGCAGUACUGCGUGAUCGGGCGCGUGACGCCGCCGUCGGGCACGGCGCAGAGCGCGCAGAGCGGCGCGCGGACGGAGCAGGGCGACGACCUGGGGCCCUCCGACGACGAGGCUGAGGACGACCUGUUCUUCCGGCGCGGCUCGGGCCAGGGCUCGCCCGGCGCCGUCAUCACGGCCUCCGUGCACCUGGUGGGCAACGCCGACGAGUCGUUUCUCUGAUCGCGGGCCCCCGCGGUCCGAGCCCGUGCCGCCAGGGCCGCCAGGCGGGGCAGGCCCCUCUCCGAGGGGGCGCCGGCCCGAACCGCCCGGACCGCCCGCACCGCCCGGACCACUGGGGAAGCCCAACGGAACUCGAGCGCUUCAGUUUGAGUCGUUACUCUGUCGUGAGUGUGUGAGUGUGUGCGUCGACCGUGUAUCUUUAUUUUUCUUUUGUAAAGAAUGUCUACUCUUCUCCCUCGUUACCAAUGGACACGAACAUGUUGACGAUGAGUGUGUAUGUGUUUCUCUAUUUUGUACUUGCUGCCACCGUGCAGCCGUCUCCGUAGUGUCUAGGCAGGGUUCCUUCGUGCCACCUUGGCUCCUUGUCGCCCAGCCGCCUGUACAUUUGUUACACUGUAAUGAAGGUGUAGCACUCUCUAGUGGUGAGGUAUGCCGCCCGAGGUACAGCCCAGAAGGGAAACGACUCUUUGUGUCAGCUGGAUUCUUUCAUUUGCAUCUUUCCCUCGUUCACUGGGAAUCGGGGACCCACCAUAUCCUUUAUCUGUGUUACAAGACAGGCGCGAUGUUUUCCUGAAGUGAGUUAGUCCAAUCAGAUUUCCCGGGAUGGGCCCGUCGGCUCACCAGGGUCGUUCGCUCCUUCGAGGUGACCUACCCGCCCCACUUAAAUGCGGUAUACGGCGUACUUGUUCCCGAUCGCAGCUAAACGUUGGCCAGACUGUAAAGUGGUGAAAAUGUCCUUCCGCUUGCAGUAAACCGCGGUAACUCGGGCAUUCGCGCAACUAACCGCGUUGAGGUCACUGAUAUUCGGAAUGGCUCUCAGAAUCUGGUCUCGCCCGCCCCGAUGGUGUGGCCAACUUCCCAUUGUGCUAGGCGCCCCGACAUGAAUCCUAGAUUGUUUUUGAAGUUUCAUUUUGUUUUGCAAUAACAUGAGGAAACGAUCGAAUAGGUUUAAAUCACUGCUUCGGGUGGCUGUGAAAAGGAUAUUAGCAUACCUCUUGGUGAGAUAGAAUUAAGUGGAAAAUCAAUUCAAGUAGAAACGUUUAGCAUUGUUAUCGCACAAAAUGGAACCAUGUACUCCGGUAGUAAUCAUACCACAGUUUUUACGAUAGUGUAACGCAUUUGUGAGGUUUGUGAUAAUAUAAUAAUAAUAAUAAUAACAUUAAUAAUACUGACAACGCUCAUGACGGCCACGUUUUUCUAGACUGUGGUAGGGGCUGCACGCGUUGUGCCCACGUAGCGAGCCAGCUUAACAAGAACCAAAUCGCCUUUAUGGCCGAAAUAUCUUCAACGCGUUCCUUGAAAUUGUCUAACCAGUUCCUCACCAUAUUUACCGGUCCAAUUUAGAAUAACUAAAACCGUGCCAGCGCCGACGAAAGGAUGGAAAUUCAAAACAAAGAAUUUACGCUGAAAUCGGUUGAAACCGUGACCGCAGUGUACCUUAAUUCAGAAUGGUUUCCCUUUCUAGCUGGCAUUAUUAGUUUCUUGGUCUUGCUCUUAAGUGCCAUAGGUGCCAGCUCCAAAAUGCAUCCAUGUGCUGUUGCACACUGUAUAAAUGUUGGUCUGCCGACACUAGCUCUGCGGACCGCAAGACGUACACAGUAUAAAAAAGCCAACGACGUGGUAAAGUGUAAUCUAGUCUGAAACAUACGGCUGUGUGAGCUAAUACUGUGCCUCAUCGUCUCUAAAAGAUUAAGGUAUAAUCUGUAGUAUCUGUAAUUCUAAGGAACUGAGAUCUUCUAUGUUUUAAUGUAGAUAAAUGAAAAAUGAUAUUAUUUAUGUCAGAUUUGUUGUAACAACUAGAUUACCGAAUUGCCAGCGAGGUCCUUUUCUUGUUUUCUGCGAAAAACUCGGGUGAAUGGUCAUGUUACCAUAAAAUGUUAAGUGAACCGUAUCUACAUCGAUGCAAUGGGAAUUUAUUCAUGGUUAUUUUACUGUAAAAUGGAACUGUCUUAAUGUUGCAGUCUCUACGCAUGUUGUGGAACACUUUGUCAAUAUUUUUUUAAAUUUCAGACAACUGGGCAAAUCUCCACUUAACUGAAAUAAAUUUAGCGCGCAUUGCACCUGAAACACUCGAUAAAGCCUUGCGACAGUCAUUCUUAGGUCACUUUGGCCAUAAGUUGAUGUUUGUCCUCUAGUGGGGUAACCUCAAAUUAUGAAACUUUGAUGACCACCUGCUAACAAAACAGAUUUGGCACCACGUUUGACAAUUCGCUUGUUUUCGGCCUUAAAUUAAAUCAAAUCAAUAAAUUGUGUUGUGAUGCAGCCAGCUGCGAGUUCUUUUCGGAAGGAAGGUGUUAUGUCUUGUCAAGCUCUAUAUUUUGGUUUGAAAGUGGUUUAAUUUUGCUGAUUUGCUUGCCCAUACUAGGCGUAGCAACAUUAGCCGUCGGGCAUGACAACCAAAAACUAUCUCUUCGGUAACAGUAUUCUUGCUCUCUUUCGUAGCGUUUUCUUCUGUUUUCUUAUAUAGCGUGGGCCUUCGUAAGUAAGAGUCGAACUGCGGGCCAUAGAUCUCUGAACAAAUUACGCAGCAUUUCCACCACAUUGUCACAAUGUUGAAAUAAAAUCGGUUUACUCUUGCA